CCCGCCCCGAAUAAGUUGUAAGUUCCAACGUCGAUGGUUGUUUAGUAAGGUACAGCAUGUCAGCAGUGCUUUUGCGAGUGAAGCGAAAGCGAUGUGCCGAUCCAGCUGAAGCUUUAUUGCUUUCUUGCAAGCGAUGGCGUGGUAAUAAUGGAGUGGGCUAUAACGAAGAUGCGGCGAUUCAUGACACUGACUCUGAGCCCGUGGAGAUUCAUAAUUCUGUUUUCAAACUCGCUGCCACUGUGAAGUCGCAGGAUGAUUCUGUCCAGUCACAUGUUCGUGAAGCCAUCUCAAGGGAGAAAGCCGCAGAAGCUUUGAGACCAUCUGUGGGGAGUGCUCAACGAAUUUUGAAGGACCUCCGUCUUGCCAAGCAAGCAAGUCGACAAGAGAGUCGCUACCGGGUUGUAUCUAGACACAGGGACAAAACUGAUGGCUUGGAACACACUUCAGGAAGCAAUGAGGAAGCAGACCAGGUUGAUGGGCAGUUAUCAAGCACAGAUAGUAAACUCCUAGAUGAAGAAGCAUCAAAAAGUCAAACCAGUGAUGGCCAUGAGAAUGGUGAAUUCCAGCUUUUUGAUAUUGUGCAGGAAGAUGAGGAUGAUUCGGCUUGCACAGUACCCUGCUCUAGUGAGACUCUGUCUGUCGAUCCAGAUGAAAUAUUGUGCAAUUCUGUGAAGAUGAUCAGGGAAAAGCUGGUUUUGAGUAAAUCAGGUCAAGGGUCUGAACACAGAGAGCAAGAUGAUGAGUACGUGUAUGAUAUUUAUUACAUGGAAUCCUCUACUCCAGGUUGGAUCCAGGAUAUUCUCUCUGUCCAGCCCUAUAGUGGAGAGUGUGAACUGGUGGAUGAGGAAGAUAAUGGACCCCAGGAAAUGUUUGAGGAUGAAGAUGAUGAAAAUGAAGAAAACAACUGGCGGAAUGACUACCCUGAUGAAAAUGAGUUUGUAGAUGAGGAAGAAGCUGAUGAGACAGAUGAGGAUGCUACUGACCAAGAUCACUACAGAGUACAAGAGAACAACGAUUAUUCUAGUGAAGAACAUAGUGAUGAGGAGGAUGUUGGAAUUGGGUACCAUGGUGGAAGAACCUGGCACAAAUACCAAGAGGAUGCCCUUCGAGAGUUUGACUAUGAUGAGCCUGGUGGCUUUGAUUCAGACUGACAAUAACAUAAUUGGCAAAAUAGAGACUUGGUAUUUACUGACUUAUGAAGGCACUGUAUCUGCUCAUUCCAGUUGACAACAGGAUGACUGACUAUUACAUUUUCAUAAAUUUCCUGUUUCGGACUUUCUGUUGAAUGUCGAGAGAGGUCAUCUGUUGUACAGAUACUGUGCUAAACUGUUGCACCACGUUACCUCAGAAUUGUGUGUGUGUGUGUGUGUGUGUGUGUGUGUUUGAUUCUGCAGUAUUGUUAUUCUCACUAGAUAUUCUGUAUUUAUUUCCUUGAAGUCAGUGAACAACUCGGACACUUAACUGCCAUUUUUCUAAUUUGCUUCUAACACUUGCCUGCUGCUUAUAUUUAUAGUAUUAUUAAUGACACUCUGAGUACUUUGAAAAUGUGUUUCAUUUGUCUUUUUGAUUAUUUGGAGCAACUUUUUAUCUUUGUGUAAAUAGUUUGUAUGAGACAGCAUUGAUACUUGUUUUAGAAAAAACAAAUCCCAACAUGACUCUGCAUUGCAAUUAUCUGCCAAGUUACAGAAGGCCAAAGAAGGGGAAAUAAGUAUGUAAAGGCAUGAUAUAAAAUCCAUUCAGUUUGUUGUAGGGUCCAUAAACUUAAGCCACUUCUAGGCCAUUUGCCUCUCCAGCCAUGGAAUAGUAAAUGUAGGUCCAGUGUGACCAAAAACCCAGUAAGUGUGGGAAGGUUAAUGGAUUUAUCCUUUCACUGGGAAACCUUUUCUGGGGAGAAUAAGAAUUGUGCCCAAGUUAGUCUUACAAAUAUGCUGUAGAGCCAUUUUACAUGACAAUGUCAUUGGGUUUAGGAGGGUUAGGCGGUAGUAUCCAUGGACUUAAUUCUGGCUCUCUUGACAGUUUUCAGCCUAUGACUGCCACAAGGAGAGUUUGUGGGAGCCCAGAGACCAGCAGGGUUGUGGAUUUUGGAAGCUGUAGAAAGAUUUUGCUACUGCUCAUCUUCCAGAUUCCUUGCAUUCAUUUUUCUGACUCUUUAUUAGAGUAAUGGAUGGAAUCCUCCUUCAAAUCUUUGUACUAGCUUCUCUCCAUAGCAGCCACCCGGCCAGCAUCCAAGAUGGCUCGUAGCUUCACACUUUGCUUAGGUAGAGUGUAACAGUUGAAGUUGUGUCACUUACAUUGAGAUUGAGUUUUGUUUUCUCAGCUUCGUUGCAAUGAAAUUGAAUUUUUUUUCUCAGCUUCAAACAGGGAACCUUCCUCUGAAACAGUAGGAUCAACAGUGCAUGAAUGGCAAAAAAGAAAUGGUAAGCAUGAAGCUAAAAGCAUCAUCCUAAGUGACCUUAGUUGUAGCACGGAAUGUACCAACACAUUGAUUUGUCCCAUGUGUGGGAUCUAGAGCUUAAAGAACUAUGUUGAGAGGGCUGUAAAAAGAAAACUCCAGAUGUUAUCAACAACAUAUGACCCCUCAACUGAGGAUCUGCCAGUUCUGAGCUAAGUAGUUUAAGCAGAGUCCAUCACAGCUUUUUACUACUACCUAGUUCAUAUUUAAAAAUAAUUCCAAAUAUUCUUGUUAUUUUACUAUACCACAGCUUUAUGUGCAUAGACCGUUCUAUUUUUAAGUGCAAAAAUAGUACACUGUGUAUAUCAGACAUCAAUAUCUCUUCAAAUGUAUGUACCCCAAUGAGUAGCAAAUGGGCAAAAAUUACAAGUGGCAUAAUUAGUGAGUUUCAUAAACAGCUGAGGCUGCUGUGUAGACUAAGCUAACACCUCAUUGCUGUGACUUGUUUGUACGUGGCCAAAACUGACAUACAGUCCUUGAUAUUUUUUUUCUGGUAUUUUGAACAUAUACUUCUGCCAGCCAUUAAACCACCACCAUUGAUGCUGUCACCCAUGGGUUUCCCAUUAUAAGGCAAGAUUAUGACCAUGACAUGACUAGUUGGUGAUUAGAGGAGUUUGCUUUUGUGUCCUGUAUUUCCCUCUGAGCAUGCUUACUGAUGUCCAAGGUUGAAGCAUGCAGUGUGUCAUCACAAGGGUACAGUUCUAGAAGUGAUGUAACCCCUCAAAAGCUCCAUCUCCCUUUCAGCAAGCACUUCUGUAUGACAUUUUUAUAAGAGGUAAGUAGGAGGUGCCUUAUCACUUUCCUUCUAUGUUCUCUCCUUUCCAUACCAGUUCCUCAAGUACCAGGUCUCUAAUUAGACCUAGAUUACAUAAUACAUAAUCAAGGCCUUGUACUUACAGAGCCCAGACAUGGCUUACUUUCCCAUUCUUUAAAUGGAGUCAUUUUCACUGACUAAAAAAAUGACUGUGACAAAUUGAGAUGACAUAUUACACAGCAGUACUUAACUGGGGUGCACAUGUACAUAUCUUUGAGGGUUACUUUGUGAUACACUCUACCCUGGAUUGAUUUACAUUAAAAUUUGAAGUUUGUAUUAAUUUAGCUCAGGAGUCUCCUACUGAAGUAACCACUUGUGCUGUGUGAGUACUGUCAAACUUAGGCAAGGGCCAAAAUCUCUAAGACAAAGAGAAACACAGGCAGUGUGGCUGGAAAGGUAGUCUGUUCACUUUUCUGUAAUUAUGCAGGUUUGAGGGCUGCUUGAGGUUCAAGGGCCACGAGUCUGAGACCACUGAUUUAGCUGAUGGCAGCUACUAAGCUGUUUGCUGGAGCACUGUAAACACCAUGCUGAUAGGCAUCCCUGACUGGUAAACAUCUAAUGACAGUCCUCAGGAUAAUUGCAGAACCUGUGAAAGGGUAGUCAGAGGUAUUGCCUUGAAUUUUAUUGUUUUGUUUUUAUUAACUAGGUAGAUGACAGAUCCAAAUUGAUCCUUUUCUGCAAUUCUAUGCAUACUCAAGUGGUGUAUUUCUUGUUGCAAAAUUAAGCCUAAAGCCCUAUUUUUUUUUAUCUUAGUCUGAUAUGUGCCUGUCUGUCUGGCAGUUGGCGCAGAGGGUUAAGGCUGUAUGCUGUAAUUCCAGUGGUUUAUAGGUUUGAUUUCUCAGCCCUCAUAUGCCUACUAUGUGACCCCUUCAGCAAGUCAUUUCACCAGACAUUUCUUCCAGGUUGCCUCCGAAGGAUUGUGAGUCCAGUGGGCCUACCUAGUUAACAAAUGGUAUUACUAUUAUUACUUUCUAUGCCAUUAUCUAAGCCUUUAGAAUAUUUGCACAUCCUACACUUCUGCAUCUCCUCUUUUUAACUAUUAAGUCUCUUAGCUAUGAUUUUUCCCUUUUUUUCCCUACUAAGGGGCAGCAGUUCAUGUUAUUUUGGUUCCAUCUCCCACCUCUUCUUCCUCCUUCACCAAUUUUAUCUGCAGAUGUCUACCGCAGCUCCUCAGCUUGCUGUCUUUAUAAUGCACAAACUGUGCAUGCAUACUCUUCUUGUCAAUUACACUCUGUGUUAAACCAUAGUACUUAUUAAGGGUAGUGUGAAUUCAUGUCUUUGUUACCUUAAUGUCAUUAUGUUUUUAUAUUUUUUCUGAGUGAAAUGAUGUAUUUUAUCUUUGUUAAUACUUGUUGGGACUGUACUGAUGUGUUUCCCUUGAAAAAGAGCAAUGAGCAUUUAUGGUUUCAACCAGACAACAAAGUGCAAACAAAUAAUUCAGCAGUCCUAUAUAGUGUGAUGAUACUGAGAUUAUAGCCAAGGAUAACAUCAAAAAUCUCAGCAAUGUCUCCCAAUAAUGGUUGUAACAGUGCUUACUAUUAAGUAUUUUUUCCUUCCAUAUCCAGGGUGAACAUUUCAUUUGCCAUGUAGAACAUGAUUUUUUUUAUUCCUGCCACACUUUGAGUAUCUAGCCAAUCUUAAUGUCUUGGUAACCUGCUUGAUCUGUGUAUUCUUCUUUCCAACAGGGGAAAUAGCCUGCUAGCAGCCACACAUUACUGGAUAACUAGGACAAGAGUCUCUGGCAUCAUUGCACUGUCAUUUAUAACUGGAGAGGACAUUUUUAACUUGCUGCUAAUUGUCAGGCUGCUGAAGUGCAUUGAGUGCACAUUGCUGACAAAUACUAGCCCGUGCCCAUGCGUACCAGUUUAUUUUUGGUCAGAUUGUUCUCACUAGAGUGGACCUAUGGUGGGUGUUUAUACACACCGUUGAAAAUUUGACCAGGAUUCUGUAGAAAGUAAGUGAAAUGUUUCUUUUCCAGUUUGUAGAUGGCACAGUGCAGUAAAAGCACGCUAUAGUUGCUGUUUCACAGCAUGAGAAGGUUGAAGGGUAAAAAUACAGAUUUCAGUAUGACAAGUUUUCCAUAUUUGUUUUUAUGGUCUGACAGGCUGAAAGACUUUUAUUGUUGAUCUUUACAACCUGUUUGCCAUCAUAAAAGCAUCUGUUAUGAGUUGGUAUUUUUCAUUGUAGUUUAUUAGUACUGUAAAUGAGGUGCUUAACUUCAUGGCGAGUGGCAAUUUAUUCCAGUGCCUUGGUAAUUAUUGGCUAAUUAGUUUGUUAAUGUUAAGUAGUAGAUUAUUGUUGGAUCCUUUAUCUUACAUUCUAGGUACAAGUCUUUAAUGUUUACAUGCUAGGCACAAGUCCCAUGUAAGUGGUCUGUAGGCUGCAAAGACUACUUUAGCCUGUUAAUGUAGUUCUUCUCUCUCUCCUGUUGUCUUUAAAUUUGUUAGAACUUGAUCAUGUUGUCAGAUGUUUUGCUUUUAUGCUUAGAAUGUGACAGUUUAAUCUGAGAGGAAUGUAAUGGUUUCCUAUGAUCUUCUGGUUGUACCUUUGAAUAUAUGUUGCACUAGAGUGCCCAUUUCUGGCUCUGAAACACAUGAUCACUUGUACUCUCAAGUUAAGCUGCAUAUCAGAAUUGCAAGUCUGCAUUCUUGGAGUCCUGCCAGUUUUAGAAAAAGAAAGUGAACAGCAGCUUUAAGAAAAAACAGCAAAUUCGGAAACUUUUAAUGCCUUUUUUUUUAUAUAUAUAUAUAUAUAUAUAUAUUAAGUCAGAGGAGCAAUCCCCCACAGUCCCAAAUCCCUGCUACAUAAUUAUGUAUGUUAACUCUGGGUGUGCAGUACCUCAAAAUAGGAAGAUUGUGACUUGGUAUAUAUUCCCUACAUUUGCAAUUUCAGUUCUGCUGAACUGAGAAUUGUCAUUAUAGUCGUUAUUUCAAUAAACACCCGUUAAAUUGUUGAUUGAAAUGAAGUGCCUGAUAAAGGUGGUAGAAUGCACUUUGUGGGACAGGUGAAGAAAUGAGGACAUAAGAGCAAAAGCCAAAGUAGCUCAAAUUGCAGAAAAGAUCAGAGAGAACAGAUUACAGUGGUUUGGACACGUGCAGAAAAGCAGAAGACAAUCUGGUGAGGAUGAUUUGGGACACGCACAAAGAAUGUAAGAGGAAGCGAAGACGUCCAGCAACAGAGGUGGUUGGUUUGUGUGAAAAAAUAAUUUGCAACAUUCAGGUAGGAGUGUUGAAGAAGGCAGGAGUGUGGCACUGAAUCGAGAGAGUUGGCGAUAGUUAACAUGAUACCCCAACCCCAUGUAGAAAAAGGUGGCUGAUGAUGAUCCCUUAAAUUAUCAGUUGCACUUACAUUAAUGUAUAUUGUCCUGUUUGUCUUCACUGUAAUUUGUAUUUUAUAAACAUUUUCAUACGUCUUGGAGCUGUAUUGUCUGGGACGUCUAAAUGCACAUUCAUAGUUGACAAAUUUAAAUAAAUGAAUAAAGUUUCCUGUUUGUUUCACAGUCUA